AUGCUGCUUGUCACGAGUCUACUCGUCACCAGUCCUGUGCUCUUCCUCAUCACCACUCUGCCCGAGGGAGAGCAGCCUCGAGAAUGCGCACCCCUGGACGAAGCAUGCAUCAGAGAGAGGGAUGGUCCAGAGGGUGUCUGCGACUCGAAAGCCUGCGAGGAAGCAUCAAAAAGGAUGGUGGCGUUCAUGAAGAAGGGGGUUGAUCCUUGCAAGGACUUCUAUCAGUUCGCAUGCGGCGGUAUCCGUGAUCAACAACCGUAUCAGCCCAGUUCGAGCUUCAAUAUGCUUCAAGCAAGGGUCGACGACCACCUACACAAAUUGCUGGCGAACAAAACGGGUCAAAUGGUUGGCGAAUUCGAGAAGCUGGGUCAAUUUUACAGCGACUGUUUGGCGUUCAAAGAGAGAGCGGUGAAUUUUACACCCGUUUACGAGCUUUUACGCGAACUCGGCGGAUAUCUGCCCCCAAGGAGCAUCGCGCCGGCGGACAUCACGCCGCUGGUCUCGAGGCUGCUCAGAGUGAAUGGAGCUCCUCUCUUCGACUUCUACGUGGAUGUCGAUCUUUACGAUCGCUCCAGGUCCUCCGUGUUCCUCGAUCUGCCUACCAAACACCAGGAGGACGCCUUCUUCGCGGAAAAUCCGGAGGAGAGGUUACAAUGGGCCAAGGCGUAUUCCACGAUGGAGAGGCAGCAGAAGAAGAUGGUCCACGAAGAAAGUCGAGCGUACACCAUGAUCAAGAAUAAAAUGGAGGAACAAAGAUCGCGCAGGAUUCAAAAGAUCGUGGAUGGUUUUUUACCAAAAACGAUGGACCCAAAGGAACGAGGUUCGGAGACCGAUCUGCUGCUGCAAUUCUGUUUGUCCCUCAGCAAGAUCUAUCCGAAGCACAAGGACCUAUAUAACUGGGUGGACGUCGAUCAGAGGGUGUACGUCCCUUUCAACAUGUCCUAUCUACAGGAGAGCUUCGGUUAUAUAAGGUGGGGGACGCUGCUGAACGCCACCAUGGGCGCAACCACUGCCGAUCUUUAUAAUCACAGUCGCAAUCGGGAUCGAUCCACUUACGAUGAUCAAUUGGUCUACGUUUACGUUACUGCUCCUCGUUACUUUCGCAGCCUCGGUAAACUGCUGAAUCGUUUCUCCAGAAGGAUUAUUCACAACGGAUUGUUGCUGCUGUACGCCGUGGACACGCUUCAUGACAUCGUGAACGUGACCGCCAGCAAGGAUUGGGAACUUUCGUGCUUCAAAUUGACGAAGGACGUGUUCAGUGAAAUUGUCGGGGCCCUUUAUGUGCGACAGUACACUCCUCAGUAUUUAGAGACUCUUGCCAACAGGGUGGGAGGUUUGUUCGAGCGAGUGAAAGAGACAGUAGCCGAGCGUAUUUUAGUGAAAUCCUGGUUAGACGAGGAGACAAGGACACAGGCGUUGUUGAAGCUGAACUCAUUGCGAGGAAGAUUUCACGUGUGGCCUGGUUUCUACAACGACAGCCUGUUGGCCCGCGAAAUGGCCGAGGUGGAGAUCAAUCCGGAGGACUUCUUUCGUAGCGUACUGAUGCGUUUCCGACAGAUUCGCACCGUGGACGACAAGGUUCUGCGGAGAAACGUGACAGAAAAACGUCGACAUCCGUACAGCGUGAACGCUUACUACGAGUCUUCGACGAACACAAUCGGUAUUCCGUUAGCGAUGAUGGUGGCUUGGGCCUGGUCCUGGGACAGUGGACCCGCGUACGCGGCGCACGCGACCCUCGGUUCAGUGAUCGGUCACGAAAUUCUUCACGCUUUCGACCUCCAUCGACGUCGACUGCCACUAGACCCCGAUUUGAACGUCGAUCAAUGGCUCUGGAUCACUCCGGAAUCCUGGAAGAGGCUGGAAGCGAGGAUCGAGUGCGUCGCGAGACUAUACGCCAGGAGCUUCUGGAGGAAAGUUCAGUUCUACGGAAACGACGUCGCUGUACAGUUUGAUUGGAACGUGACGAGGAACGAGAACGUGGCUGACAUCGGAGCCUUGCAAAUUUCUUAUAAAACUUGGCAUACGCUGACGAACGGGAAGGAUCGAAGUCUGCCUGGGUUAGAGGGACUUCGACCGAGUCAGCUUUUCUUCAUAAGCGCCGCCCAGACAUACUGUUCUAAUAUGACUGCCGAGGCCUACAUUCUCUCCGUUGAACUCGAUUAUCACACGCCUCAGCCUGAAAGGGUCAACGGUAUAAUGAUGAAUUCCCAAGCGUUCGCGGACGCGUUCCGUUGUCCGAUCGGAACCAAAAUGAACCCCCCGAACAAGUGCACCACCUGGUGAUGAUCGAUAACGUCAGACUUCAUUCGCAUCAAUAUUCUCGAUCGUUGGGAUUCGAUUCGGAAAACGGCGUGUUGCAGUUGGUGAUACCCGAAGCGACAAGGGUUGCUCAGUUUUUUCGAUUGUCGAGCGAUCCUGCGUCGGAGAAGAUCGAUUCAACUACCAUCCUCGAAGAUUCUACCGAAAGCUUCGAACACCAUUCGAGCAACGUACAACAAUGAAUCGCUUUAUCGACCAGUUCGAUGACAAAGGAUCGAUCGAUAGCUUCAGAGAGUUUUCAGAGAGUGUACAGGAACUUAGCUCGUUCGAACGCGCCGUUAACGUUAAUAUCUCUCCCUACGACGCCUCUAGAGGUCCUUAGAAUACUUAUCAUAGUGAAAGCAAUAAAUUAUUACGAGAGAACAGACGAGUGAGUGGUACACGCAAAUGAAAAAGAAUAAAAAAAAAAAUUCAGAAAAAAACGUACACGUACACGUAAGCAGAUUAUAACGCUUCGAUCAGUUUGCAGAAUGGAGUCGGUAGAUAUUGGUAAGCUUGAUGAGGGAAUUAGCGAUCGACGUUGUUUCUUUAGCGGAACGAGCAACUUUGAAUAGACAGAAUCGAUUGCUGCACUGAACAAAUCGAGAUUAGAACGAAUUGGUUCUUCGAUAGGAAGAUGAGAUCAGCUUCAAUCUUUGAGUACUGUGCUACUCUAAAUUUAUGGGCUAUUUCUAG